AUGAACGCGCACGCUGCAAACGAUUGCUCCCCAUUACCUCUUCCCGCCUCCCCGUUUCCCCUUCCCGCCUCCCCAAUUCCCCUUCCCGACACCCCAUUUCCUCUUCCCGCUCCCCACUACCCCUUCGCGCCUCCUCGUUUCCCCUUCCCGCUCCCCAUUACCCCUUCCUGCCUCUGCAAUUCCCCUUCCCGCCACCCCAUUUCCUCUUCUCGCUCCCCAUUAUCCCUUCCCGCCUCCUCGUUUCCCCUUCCCGCUCCCCAUUACCCUUUCCCGCCUCCCCAAUUCCCCUUCCCGCUCCCCAUUACCCCUUCCCGCCUCUCCAAUUCCCCUUCCCGCUCCCCAUUACCCCUUCUCGCCUCCCCAAUUCCCCUUCCCGCUCCCCACUACCCCUUCCCUCCUCCCCGUGACCCCUUCCCGCUUCCCCAUUACCCCUUCCCACUCCCCAUUUCCCCUUCCCGCCUCCCCAAUUCCCCUUCCCGCCUCCCCGCUUCCCCUUCCCACUCCCGAUUAUCCCUUCUCGCCUCCCUUCUCAAACUGCCGAACACACAUCACAGUCGCCGCCCGAUCGCACAGCCUCGCUACCACCCCCUCAUCCCCCCCUUUCUCCCUCUCAUCUCCCCCCCUGCUCCCUGUCAUGUCCCCACCUUCUCUCUCUCAUGUCACCCCCUUCUCCCGCUCAUUCCCCCCCAUUCUCCCUCUCAUUUCUUCCCCUUCCCCCUCUUAUAUCUCCCCCUACUCCCUCUCAUUCCCCCCAUGAAGCCCCUCAUUCCCCCCCUUUCUCCCUCUCAUCCUCCCCCCUGCUCACUGUUAUGUCCCCCCUUCUCUCGCUCAUUUAAAUGCCACAUAACCUCCCUCUCAUUUCCCCGCAUUCCCCCCCCCUUCCCCCUCUCGUUUCCCCCCAUCUCCCUCUCCUUUCCCCACGUGCUCCUUCUCAUUCCCCCCCCCUUCUCCAUCUCGUUUCCCCCCCGCUCAUUUCCCCCCAUCUCCUUUCAUUUUCCCCCCUUCUCCCUCUCAUAUGCUUCUAACCCCUACCCCAUACCCAUCCAUCCCCUGUCAUACCCUUCCAUUCCCUUCCAUACCCUUCCAUACCUUCCAUUCCCUUCCAUACCCUUCCAUUCCCUUCCAUACCCUUCCAUUCCCUUCCAUACCCUUCCAUUCCCUUCCAUACCCUUCCAUACCUACCAUUCCCUUCCAUACCCCAGCCAUACCCUUCCAUACCCUUCCAUUCCCUUCCAUACACUUCCAUUCCCUUCCAUACACUUCCAUUCCCUGCCAUUCCCUUCCAUUCCCUGCAUUCGUGCACAGGCAUAUGACUAG